AGAGCCAUGUCUAAAAUAAUUAAUCAUUGACGUGGUAUUUGAGAGGUGGAAGAACCCAAGAAAACUACGACUUUGCCAAAAACCCUCAGUUGAUCUCAAUCCCUAGGGUUUUACGAAAAUCCAAAAUAAAUCAAUGGCAUCAUCAACUCGGAUCUUCGGAAACUGCUGUCGAGCUCUUAGUGCUGCUUCUAAGACUUCCGCAGCCACGGUGACCAAAAGCAGAGGUCGGCCCAAAGGAAUACUGAAACCGCAACCAGUUUCCCCUGCUCUCGGAAAGUUCCUAGGUACUGCUGAAGCCUCCCGCACUGAUGCUGUCAAAAAAGUUUGGGAAUACAUCAAAACUCAUAAUCUUCAGAAUCCUGCAAACAAGCGAGAGAUACAUUGUGACGAUAAGUUGAAGACGAUAUUUGAUGGCAAGGACAAAGUUGGUUUUCUAGAGAUUGCGAGGCUAUUAACCCAGCAUUUUCAGAAGGCUACUUAAGUUCCAGUCAGGCGGCUACGUCUGUAAACAUUAGGCACUUUGUGGAUACCGAACUUUGUUGUUUACCUAGCUGGCUACCUUUUUUUAGUUUCUAGUAGCUCUUCUGUUUUCCUUCACCCUGGUUUGAGUUGCCAAGGGGGGUAGAUCAGAUGCUCUUUAAAUCAAGUUUUGUGAAGUUGAAACGAAAAGCAACAGGGUAAUGGUAAAACUAACACCACCAUUGUUCAUCCAUCCCAAAGAUCCUUUCUUGUUCCUUUCACAAUUUGAAGUUAAGCUAGGUAUGUGGGAUAAAAUGCAUUUGGAGCAGAAUUUGUACUAGUUGAAAUGUAAAAUUCUUAUUGCAGCAAU